AGGCUCAAAAGGGGAGGCCCUGAAUGGAGCAGAAGUUGGAGUUUAUGCCAUAAAAAGGUGGGACGUCCAGGCGGUCGCGGCGUGUUGUCGGGGGCCACUCGGGACCAAUUUUCAAGACAGCCUUGGCUUGGACGUCUCGUCGUCCCACCGCGCGGCUCCGGACCUUGAGUGAUUAUUACAAUGGAAGAAACCAGUAAUUUCAAGACACCAAGCAGAUUAUCUGAAAAAAAGAAAUCUGCAUCGUGUUUAACUCCAUGCAUAAAUAUUCCUGCCUCUCCGUUUAUGCAGAAGCUUGGCUUUGGUACUGGGGUAAAUGUCUACCUCAUGAAAAGAUCUCCAAGAGGUUUGUCUCAUUCUCCUUGGGCUGUGAAAAAGAUUAAUCCUAGAUGUAAUGAUGAUUAUCAGAGUGUGUAUCAAAAGAGACUAACUGAUGAAGCUAAGAUUUUGAAAAGCCUUAAUCAUCCAAACAUUAUAGGUUACCGUGCUUUCACUAAAGCUAGCGAUGGUAGUCUAUGUCUUGCUAUGGAAUACGGAGGUGAAAAGUCUCUGAAUGACUUAAUAGAAGAACGAAAUAGAGAUAGCCGAGAUCCUUUUCCAGCAGCCAUAAUUUUAAAAGUUGCUUUGAAUAUGGCAAGAGGGUUAAAGUAUUUGCACCAAGACAAGAAACUGCUUCAUGGAGAUAUAAAGUCUUCAAAUGUUGUUAUUAAAGGUGAUUUUGAAACAAUUAAAAUCUGUGAUGUAGGAGUCUCUCUACCAUUGGAUGAAAAUAUGACCGUGACUGACCCUGAGGCCUCUUAUAUUGGCACUGAGCCUUGGAAACCUAAGGAAGCUCUGGAGGAGAAUGGUAUUAUUACUGACAAGGCAGACAUAUUUGCCUUUGGCCUUACUCUGUGGGAAAUGAUGACUUUAUCUAUUCCACACAUUAGUCUUCCAGAUGAUGAUGAUGAUGAAGAUGAAGAUGAAACUUUUGAUGAAAGUGACUUUGAUGAUGAAGCAUACUAUGCAGCUUUGGGAACUAGGCCACCUGUUAAUAUGGAAGAACUGGAUGAAUCGUACCAGAAAGUAAUUGAGCUCUUCUCUGUAUGCACUAAUGAAGACCCUAAAGAUCGUCCUUCUGCUGCGCACGUCGUUGACGCUUUGGAAAUGGAUGUCCUGUGAUCACCUCAUUGCUCAUGACUGCUGGAGCUUCAAGUAUAGCUUGUGUGUAUAGCUGUUCUGUUUACCAUAAUACAUUUAUAUAGUUAUUAUGAUGACCCAUAAUU